GCCGGUGCCUGGGACUAUCAGAGAGAUCGGGGACCAGUCCUCAGCAGCUUUCCUCCUCACCGGUCCUGGAGACAGUACAGUGAACCUUUGUGAGAAUGCCGGUCCCCCCUCCUCCAGCACCUCCACCUCCUCCUACAUUGGCACAGGCAAAUACAGUAAAACCCAAUUUAUCUAAAUGUGAGGUGUCGGGGAGAAAUGCUCUGUUGUCUGAUAUUUCAAAAGGAAGAAGACUCAAGAAGGCCGUCACCAAUGACAGAAGUGGACCAGUUUUUGAGAAACCUAAAACCUCUCCUGGAGGUGGCGGUGGAGGAAUGGGGGGUGGUGGUGGUGGUGGCGGCGGAGGAGGAGGAGGAAUGGGAGGUGGCGGAGGAGGAUUCGGUGGACCUCCUGGAUUAGGCGGAUUGUUUCAAGGAGGAAUGCCAAAGCUUCGAUCCUCAGGAGGCAGAGAAAAUGACUCGGUGGGAAGCAGGCCACCCAUGUUGCCUCCUGGUGGAAGAACAACCACUCCUAGACCUUUUGUCGCACCAAGUGCAUCUCCAAGGGGCCCUCCACCUCAGCUGGGCAUAAGAAGUGGCGCCUCAGAACUACCAAGAACCCGCAUGCCACCUCCUCCAAGGAACGAUUUUAAUCCAAGAUCAGUAAAUGCACAGCCUUUAGUCCCUAAUACACCAAGGCCUGUCUCAUCAGGUCUUUACAACAGAGGCCCUCCAACAGUGCCUGCUGGAAAUAGGCAAAUAACCCCAGGAUCUGUUUCUUCACUUUUGUCAUCAAAUAAAAGUCCUGGAUUUGGUGGUAACAGCAGAACAUCUCCAUCAAUGCCUCCAGCACCUCCAUCUCUGAACAAGCCAUCUUUCCCUCAAGCACAUAGCCGUUCCAUGGAUGAUAGGCCACCACCACCACCUCCUCCAACAGGAAACAGACCUCCACUUGGACGAGAUGGACCUCCACCUCCCCCACCUCAAAACAAUAAACCACCAGUUCCCUCCACACCGAGACCAAAUUCAUCUAGCCAGGGACCUCCUCUGCCACCAGGUCGCCCUGGACCUCCUCCACUUCCUCCUACCCCAUCCAAUUUUGAUGAUAUGCCAAGACUUCCUCAACGAAAUCCUUCCUUUUCAUCUUUACCUGCUCCACCUCCACCUGCCCCACUUCCUGGCCGGUCUGGUCCACCUCCACCACCAUCUAGAGACCCACCUUCAAGAACAGGACAACUUCCUCCACCUCCCCCUGCCAAUAGAAAUGGUUUUGGAAAUAGAGGGCCCCAGCCUGUGACAAAACUUGGAGCAGAAUCCACAAGAACUGGCUCAAGACCACCACCACCUCCAGAAAGACCAGGACUGGGGCCUCUGCCUCCUCCGCCACCGUCUUCGUCUGUGAGAAAUGGUUAUCAAGAUGCAUCUGCUGAAGAUGAAUGGGAAAGACGAUUUUCAUUCCGCCCGUUUACUGAUCUGCCACCCCCGGAACCCUACAUACCGACAAACAAGUCUUACCCCAGUAAUCUCAUGAGAAAUGAUAGCAGAAGUGGAUCUUCCAGAAGAGAGAGAGGUGCCCCUCCUUUGCCUCCAAUACCCAGGUGAAAAGGAUCUCCAUGCCAAAGAUGCCAGUGUUCCUUGACUUUUUUUGUAUAUGUUGGAAGAAAAGAAAAAACAAAAGGCCUUUAUAGGAUCAUCUGAAUGACUGGGUGGAUACAUCUUAGUCUACGUUUGCAUUGCAUUAUUGAGAGAUGUUGUGUUACUGUCGAUCAGCAUAGCUGUAUUGUUGUCCUGAGGAUAACCAGUGUUAAAAAAAACAACAUAAAGACCUAACAAUUCAUGACAAUGAAGACAUAAUUUCUUAAAUAUUAUUGGAUAUUCUCAGGAAUCUAAAAAAAAAAAAAUUGGUACAUCUACUCAUUGAUUCUUCAUGUCCAGAAAGAAAAGCUGAACUUUCUAUUGAAAUCUGUCUUUUAUCUUGGAAAUCCUAUGCAAUUUUUUAUUUAGGUGAAUGAUCCAAAUGUGCUUGCAAAUUCCUUAAAAGUGUGAUGUAAAUGUGCAUCCUUGCACCUCAGGGAACUCCAAAUAUAGGGGUGCUUGCUCUCUGCAGAUGACAUUUCCAACAAC